AGCAUGCGCAGUACGAACGUGCCCUGCCCUUUAUGUAAACUGUGCAAAUGGCUACAAGAAGUGACCUUGAUGCUCUGGUGGUCCAGGUGGAAGGAUUGAAUCUAGAGGAGAACAAAGCUGGCUCAGGGGCUUAUGGCUGUGUCUUUAGAGUGACGGUGAAUGGAAGACACUGCAUUGCUAAGAAGCUUCACUCCAUAUUGCUCCAAGAGCGAUCCCUUGGACAGAGGGAGAGCAUUGUGACAAAGUUCAGAAAUGAAUGUCAAAUUCUGAGUGUUUUACAUCACCCCAACAUAGUUGUUUUCGUUGGAGUCCAUUACGGCCGCGAUAAGAACGACAUCAGUCUAAUAAUGGAGAGGCUUCAUUCCGACUUGGCUGAUUUCGUUGAAACCCAUCGAGACACGAAUAUCGCCACUAGAAUCCAUAUCCUGUAUGAUGUAUCCAAGGGACUUCACUAUCUCCACUCUUUGACCCCUCCCCUCAUCCAUCGUGACCUCACUGCUCCCAACAUCCUGCUCACUGACGACCUCACUGCCAAAAUCGGAGACCUGGGCGUCUCCAGAUACGUUGAUCUGGAGAGAUUGACUCAUGUUCUGACAAAAAUUCCUGGAAAUCCAACCUACAUGCCUCCCGAGUGUCAUGAAAAACGGCCCACCUACACUACCAAGCUGGACAUCUUCUCAUUCGGUCAUCUCAUCAUUCACACUGUUAUCGGUGAUUUCCCUGAAGUCUCGUACUUUACUCCUGAGGUUAUCAAGCACGUGGAUGAUGGGAAAAUGGAGCUCAUGCGUCGAAGCACUGCUGUCCAUGGUGACAAAAUGGGGGAGAAACACGCUCUUUAUCCUCUUGUUGUUAGCUGCCUCCAUGACCGACCUCAACAGAGACCAUCAGUUGACGAAGUGAUUGUCUCACUCAGAAAGCUGUGUCUACAGCACCCCAGGAUGGCAUUUGUAGAUGCUUGUGAGACGGGUGAUGUGGGUGUGGUUCUGGAGCUACUGGAGUGUGGGGCUGAUCCCAACCAGGCAGACAAGGAUGGUUGGACUGCUCUUUACUGUGCCAGUAGGAAUGGACAUGAUGAGAUAGUGAGGGUCCUCUUAGCAGCCAAGGCUACAGUCAACACUCAGACCAAGGGAGAGACCCCUCUUUGGACAGCCAGUUUCAAUGGUCAUCAGAAAUGUAUGGAGCUCCUAAUCGAUGCUGGGGCCAAUGUUGAUGUACCCAGAGAGGAUGGAACGACAGCAUUGUAUGUAGCUGCUUGUUAUGGUCAUGUGAGGGCAGUGGAAUUAUUGAUUGCUGCUAAAGCUAGAGUUGACAUUCAAAAUGAGGAUGGAGGCACAGCAUUGUACAUGGCCUGUAGGAAUGGUCACUGUGGAGUUGUUAGAAUGUUGUUGGAGGCCAAGGCUGACGUCCACAUCAAGGCUAAUGACAACCAGACAGCUCUGUAUGCAGCCAGUCACCAGGGACAUGAUGAGGUAGUGAGGGUCCUCUUAGCAGCCAAGGCUACAGUCAACACUCAGACCAAGUGGGGAGAGACCCCUCUUUGUACAGCCAGUUUUUAUGGUCACCAGAAAUGUAUGGAGCUCCUAGUCGAUGCUGGGGCCAAUGUUGAUGUACCCAAAGAGGAUGGAGCCACUGCGUUGAUGGUAGCUGCUCAGAAUGGUCAUGUGAGGGCAGUGGAAAUAUUAAUUGCUGCAAAAGCUAAAAUUGACAUUCAAGCGAAGAACGGAGUCACAGCAUUGUACAUGGCCAGUCUACAGGGUCACUGUGGAGUUGUUAGAAUGUUGUUGGAGGCCAAGGCUGACGUUAAAAUCAAAGCUAAUAGCGGACAUACUGCCUAUGAUAUGGCUAGUAGGAAGGGACACACUCAAGUGUGUGAACUACUACACUGACUCUGUACCUUAUUAACUGUACUGUUACCAUGGCAGCUAGCCUCUGAUAGAUACGUUGAUUGCAAAUUUAUACACUACAUCAUUUUGUCUUAUAAUUAAUUUUUUUUUUCUAUAUACGGUUUCUCAUGUAUUUCACCAAGUUACAUUCUGAUCAUGUAAAACUUGAAAGUUAA